AGUGAAACACAUGAAGUACGGCAGGAGUGAGACACGCGUGCGUUACAUUCUCUCAAGGAGUUACUUAUGUUCACAAACCUCCUCGAACAAGCAAAAGCUUUGAACCUGGGCAAUUUUCACUCAUAAGUGUAGGUUUUCAUCUCAGCUGCCUUCCGACGUUUUAGGUUUUGUCAAGAAUUGAGUCACCAUGCCUGCAAAAAAAGCUGUAAAGAGACAAACAGUUGCAGUAACUGAGGACUCAACGGUUGUGAAAAAACAAAAAGUCUCUCACAGUAGUCAUGGGCAGGAGAAGGGCCUGGUGCUUGUUCUGGGGCAGGGUGAUGUUGGGCAGCUUGGCCUGGGAGAGGAUGUGCUGGAGAGGAAAAAACCCGCUCUGGUGACUCUUCCUGAAGGUAUCGUGCAGGCCGUGGCUGGAGGCAUGCAUACAGUCUGCCUCAGCGACACAGGAAAUAUUUAUACAUUUGGCUGUAAUGAUGAGGGCGCGCUGGGCCGUGACGCAUCUGAGGAGGGCUCCGAGAUGGUGCCAGCAAAGGUGGACCUUGGUGAAAAAGUGGUGCAGGUUUCUGCAGGGGACAGUCACACAGCUGCCCUCACAGAGGAGGGGGCUGUCUAUGUCUGGGGCUCUUUUAGAGACAAUAAUGGUGUCAUUGGACUUCUGGAGCCCAUGAAAAAAUGCACAUUGCCAGUCAAAGUUCCUAUAGACAAGCCAGUGGUUAAAAUAGUCUCAGGAAAUGACCACUUGGUGAUGCUGACUGUGAAUGGAGAGCUGUACACCUCAGGAUGUGGAGAACAAGGACAGCUGGGCCGUGUGGCUGAGCACUUUGCUAACCGCGGAGGCAGGAAGGGAUUGAUGAGGCUGCUGGAGCCGCAGAUGGUUAUCAUUAAGCCGCGGGGAAAGGUCGUUUUUACGGAUGUCUUCUGUGGAGCGUACUUCACCUUUGCUGUGUCUAAAGAGGGGCACGUCUAUGGAUUUGGCCUUUCUAAUUACCACCAGCUUGGCACCCAAAGCACAAACACCUGCUUUGUUCCUGUGAAACUCGGUUCUUUCAAGAACUCCACCACCUCUUGGGUGGGUUUCUCUGGGGGGCAGCAUCACACACUGUGCCUGAAUUCAGAAGGACAAGUGUACAGUCUUGGUCGGGCAGAGUAUGGCCGUCUGGGCCUGGGGAAGGAUGCGGGGGAGAAGAGUGAGCCCACACCUGUAACCGGGAUCAGUGACGUUCAGAUGGUUGCCUGUGGUGCCUCUGUGAGCUAUUCUGUCACUAAACAAGGCUCUGUGUUUUCCUGGGGCAUGGGCACCAAUCUGCAGCUGGGUACAGGAGAGGAGGAUGAUGAAUGGAGCCCAGUGGAGAUGACGGGCAGGCAGCUGGAGAACCGUGUAGUGCUGUCAGUGUCCAGUGGAGGGCAGCACACAGUCCUGCUGGUCAAAGACAAGCAGGAGAGCUGAUCUUUUAACUCCUUGACUAAAGACAGCUGAGCCAAACUACUGUAUCAGUGGUAUCUGUAACCUAAAGCUUGAUCAUGAUCGGGGGAGUCUGGGGUUGGUAAUGCUUCCUGUGCUGAGCUAAGCCAGCGAAUAAGAGGGUAGAGAGGGUAGGAUGAGUAUCAUCUAAUUAAACCUUUUAUCCCGCUUUAUGGGGAGCCCAAACAUUCACUGGAUACGGUCCGGUAGAUGAUCAAAGAUCUUUUUUUAUGGACUUUUUUUUUUUUGUUUCUUUUUCUUUGCUUUAUCUUAAUUCUUUUUAACAAAGAUCUUUAGUAUGCUUCCUGGAGACUGCCUGUCGUGAUUGUAUGAGCUGAAAGGUGAUUUAAUAAGUCUUUUAGAUAAGUCCUUAAACUUUUUUUUUUUUUAAAUUCCACAUUUUGGUCUGAGCAAUAAAAGGUUUAUGAUAGCAGGUCUAAUCUAUAUCACUCACAAAAAAACAGAUUUGGUAUUCCUGUACUUUGCAGUGUUAAACUGUUUUCCUAAUUUCCUAAAUGAAACAAUUAUUGUAUCCAUGCAUUGCUGGCCCUGUGGACACUUAAUAAAAAUGAGGUUUUACAGAA